CCAGAAUAUCAGUAUGAACUGAUGAAGGAAGAAGACACAGACACACAGGAAUUAAGAGAGAAACAGACACAACUAGAGGACGAGAAACUCUCAUGAUCUUUCAUUAAACCAAAAUGGAGCGAAAAACAUUCAUCACUUUUAUUCUCUCAGCUGUCUUCAGUUCAUCUUCAUGUGUUCCACGUCAGUAUCACUUUGUGAAUCAGAAUUUGAGCUGGAUUGAAGCUCAGAGAUACUGCAGAGAGAAUUACACAGAUCUGGCCACCAUCAACAACAAGAAUGACAUAGAAGAUCUGCUGAAGAGUGUGAAUGAUGGUCAGAUUCAGUAUGUCUGGAUUGGACUGCAGAAGACAGUCAGUUAUAAAUGGAAGUGGUCUCUGGGUGACCCUGCGUUCUACACAGGAAAUAAUUCACAGUAUCGUAACUGGACACCGACUCAACCGAAUGGUGAUGGUGACUGUAGUUACAUGAAUCCUGGACAAUGGAAUGAUUAUCCUUGUAAUGGGAGUUUAUCUUUCAUAUGUUACAAUGACAGCAGUAAAGGAUUCAUCCCUGUACUUCAGACAAUGACCUGGAGAGCUGCUCAGAUUUACUGCAGAGAGAAUCACACAGAUCUGGUCAGUGUGAGGAACCAGAAUGAGAAUGAACAGAUUAAUAAUAUCAGGAUUAAUGCAUUCACUGCACCUGCAGUCUGGAUCGGUCUGUUCAGAGACUCAUGGGAGUGGUCAGAUCAGAGUAACUCCUCAUUCAGAAACUGGAGGAAAUCCCAACCUGAUAAUUAUGGGGGGAAUGAAAACUGUGCAGUGGUUUGGGUAAAGUCAGACCGUGGACAAUGGGGUGACUGGACCUGUGAUAGAAAAUCUCAGUUUGUCUGUCAUGAAGAUAAACUGGUUUUGAUUAAACAGAAUCUGAGCUGGAAUGAAGCUCUGAAAUACUGCAGAGAGAAUCAUGUGGAUCUGGUGUCAGUUAUCUCUGAACAGAUUCAGCGUCGGGUGAUGGAAUUGGCUAGAAAAGCCUCCACUGCUGAAGUGUGGUUGGGUUUACACCACUACUGCGCCAUGAACAUGUGGAUCUGGUUGAGGGGGGAGGUCGUGUGUUAUCAGAAUUGGGCUGCAGGUCACGGGACAGGAGUGGAAGACUGCAGGUAUGAACCGAGAGUUGGAGCAGUUCAGUCUGGAGGAGAUCAGCGCUGGAUCAGCCUUCCUCAAACUCACAAACUCAACUUCAUCUGCACCAACUCUGAAGACUGAAUCAAGCUGCUUUCCUUCAUCUUUACCACCAGUGGAGCUGCAUCUUCAUGUUUGAUGUUUUAUCAUGAAUUGUUUUUAUCAGUGUGUUAGUUCAUUCAUUUAUCUUGUGCUUGUGUGUGUGUAUAAUUUUUUUCUUUAUUGUGGUAUUACAGAUGUAUAUUAAUCAUUCUCAUGUUUCAAAUUCCAACAUCUAAUUAUCAUUUGAAUGUUAUUUUGCCGCUGAAGCAUUUAAAUAAUCAUGAAGAAAAAUCCAGCUGUUCCACUUCCUGUUUCAUAAAUAUUUCUGUAUCGAUGAAGACAUUCUU